AUGUUUGGCCGUUCGAGAUCCCGCAGAGCGCUUAGAAAGUCGCACGGGAACGCCAGCUCGCCUGAAGACGGCUCCUCCAGCAGCGUCAGAGGAGACCCCGAGUCGGCGGCUUCCGUUUGCACGAGCAUCACGUCGAACCUCAAGCAGCUGGACCUGGCAGCCAAGGAGACCGUGCGGGCCGCGCCGCCGUCAGCGUACCAGAGAGCUCCCGCGGACGAGCGCCAGGAAAUGGACGAACUGUUUGCGAUGGAAGACGAGCUGCUGGCGAUAGUCAGGGCGUUCCAGAAUACCAGCUUGGUGCGCAAGAAAAUGCUGGAGAACCUGAUUACCAACAAUUUUGGUGUUUUCCGGUGCAGCACGGCGCACAGUGUCGAGAUGCUCGAGCGGAUCCAGAACACCGUGAACUCGCUGAUCUCGUUUGUGAUGCUGCUGAACCAGUCGGACCAGCCGCAGGACGAGUUCGACGACAUGAGCCCCUACUACGCCGGCGUGCCCACGCCGCCGCGCGCGCGUGCCAACGACAUGCGGUUUGCCAGCAUGCGCGUUCCGCGACACCUGUACGAGGCGUACUACCCGAUGACUCCCUACAGAUAA